AUGGCGGGUGGAGACCUUUCCCAAGCGAUCCAACCGUGCGGGAACCCCGCGCGCGCGGCGAAGGACUCGCCUCCCAAGACCCCGCCUCCGGGCCCCAGGGGACGGGCGGAAAGGCUGGCGUGCGGGCUGCCGGCCUACAUCAAUCGCCCACUGGAACUGGUGGAUGCUCCAAGGGCCAUACCCCAGGUGGAUGAGCCUUGGAGACCCCGCGCACCGGCGCUGCGCCCGAAGCCAAAGCACGCCGCCCCUGGCGCCUUCGAAGUUCCCCCCGAGCUCCUGACGUCUUCCGCACGGUCGGAGCUGGUGGUGGGCAUCGUGCAGGAUGGGCUGAACAGGUGGCUGAACAACAUCUCCAACGAGAUAAGUCAUGAAGACCGGGACAUCGGCCCUGUCUACAUUGAUCCACUUGACCUUCAAAUCCUGAAAGCCAAAGAGAGCUUGGUGGAGAAGCUGCUGCGGGUGGAAGGGCCCCAAAAAGAAUUGCAGAAGCAGUUCCAGGAGCUGCAAAGUUCAUCGAGAACCAGUGCUGAAAUGCUGCAAUGUUUGCAAAGGGAAAACCGGAAGCUGGCUGACGACUUCGAAAAGACCAAAGGGAAGGGAGUUUCCUAUGAAUGGAAGAUCCCUAGAUGUCUUCAGCGUUUGCGGUACUUGUCACUGCUCACUGAGCCGGGACUUUGGUUGGACUCGGAGCCCUUCUAUUUGGGCUCCUUAGGGCCGCUAGAAAUGCGGCUCUAUACCAAAGGUCUGCGUGGUGGGAAUGGGCAAUGUGCUGUUGCCCUGCGACUUCGAGAGGGACAGGUCCAAAGUGCUCUGCCCCUCAUGGUGGACUUGCUGGUUGGUGAUUGCACAAGACGUGCAGCCCAGUGCCCAGAUCCCGAAGGUUUGGAUUCAGUGCUAUGGCUGGCAGAAUCCAUGGGUUCGUUGGAGGAGCACUUGGCCGACGACACGGAAGAACUGACGCUCCGAACGGAACUGCCGCUGUUGGCCGCCCCUACACUGCUAACCAGCCAUGACCUCCGACCGGAGCCACAGAAGCAGGCGGAAGUUCUACGGCAAACUCAACAGCCAGGGACUCUGGACCUGAAAUCGCGCCCAGAGACGAGACCGGUGCGAGAUGUUCGCGGUGUGCCAAGUCGCGAGCAGUUUCCGACUCUGCCGCCCACGUUACUCUCGGAUCCCAGCAGCAGCCGCAGCCCCGGGUGGAGUCUUUGCGCUACGGGGAACCUGGGGUGCAUCCAAGGCCAAAGUUGUUGGCGUCUCUCCGUGGCCUUGGCUCUGCGCAAGCGGCCAGUGGAUGAGAGGUCGCCGACGACGGCCUUACAGCGCCGGCUGACUGCUCUAGAUCUCACGCUGAUUGGUGUCGGAGCCAGCGUGGGCGCGGGCAUCUUUGUCAUCACCGGGGUGGCGGCACAGCCAUGUGGGCCUGCGGUCUGUUUCUCUUUUCUGCUCGCUGGCAUCAGCAGCAUCUUUAGUGCCCUCUGCUAUGCUGAGCUUUCAGCUCGAAUCCCCGUGUCAGGUUCGGUGUAUCUGUAUGCCUUUGUCGCCUUUGGUGAGUUUGUGGCGCUGCUGAUCGGUCUGAAUGUCUUGGUGGACUACCACGUGGGCGCUGCACUGAACAUCGCAUCAUGUGCCCUAUAUCUCCAAAAGACGCUUCUGCUCAUGUUUCCACACAUUUGGCUUCCCAGCACACAGGUAAUCUCCAUCCUACUGGUGCUUCUGCUCACAUGCAUCCUGUCCUUUGGCGUUGAGAGUGGCUUGAAGCGCGUCAAUGGAUUGCUGGUCUUCGGCAAAGUGGGCAUUGUCCUUCUGGUCAUCAUCGUUGGGUGCACAAAGGUGGAUCCUGCGAACUUGUCUCCAGUCUUUCCGCAUGGUGUUGGGCCGGUCCUGAGCAUGUCGGCGAUUUGCUCCUUUUCCUUCAUAGGAUUCGGCACCAUCACCAAUGCUGCGGAGGAAUGUAUCGAUCCGCAUCGAGAUUUGCCCAUUGCCAUCACAGUGUCUUUGUUGAUUUGCGCGCUACUGUACAUCGCGUUUUCGAUUGUACUGGUGGGAAUCAUCCCAUACUACGAGAUUCAGCAGGCGGCGCCAGCAGAGGAUGCCUUCGGGCCGCACUAUGCGAACAUUCCCUGGGCCCUGAUGAUGGUGAACUGGGGUGCCGUCAUUGGCCUUUUCACCACGCUGAUCACGGGGUUGUACUCCCAGGCGCGGAUCUACUUAGCAAUGGCACGUGACGAUCUCUUCUUUCACCUUUUUGAACACGUGUCGCCAACGUUCGGCACGCCGAUCUACGCCCAGUGGCUUUGUUCACUGAUUGCCGCCCUGUUGGCCUGCGUGCAGGUGGAGGAACUGUCGAACUUUCUGAGCAUCGGUGUCUUGCUCUCCUAUACCGUGGUGUGCGCAGGAGUCCUGGUUCUCCGCACGGAUCAGUCGGAGACAGCAGCCUGGUGGUCGGCCGUGGUGACCUUGGCGGCAGUCGCAGCAUCGCUUUGUUCUUCCUACAUUUCUUCGGAGAAUUACCUGGCCAUCGUUGGGACCAGUGUCUUUGGCGUGAUCGCAUUGCUUUGCUGGUGUCCUUUCUUCCUCCUCAAAUAUAGCAGGCCCUCCACCUUCGCAUGCCCCGGCUGCCCGAGCAUCCCCUUGCUGGGACUCACCAUCAAUGGCUACCUGCUUUCGCAGUGUCAUUGGCAAGCCUGGCUGCGAUUGGCACUGACCUCUUUGAUCAUCCUGGGAGCUUAUGCAAUUCGCGUGCGACAUGCGAUGAAGACCGCAGGUAGCCAACGAAAUCUAAACGUGUCCUUGGCCAUGCAGUGA